CCAACUUUUGUGGAGAUUCCGGACGUUUCUGUUGUCCGCUACGCUGCUCUUCAGAUCCUGCGGUUGGAUUGUGCGUCCCUGAAGCUAUGCUGCCAGAGUGCGCUAUGCUUUUCCAAGAGCAAGAAAAGAUGUAUAAGUCUCCGGAGUUGGUGUCAUUUGAGGAUGUGGCUGUGGACUUCACCUGGGAGGAGUGGCAGGAAUUGAAUGAUGCUCAGAGGACUUUGUACAGGGAUGUGAUGCUGGAGACCUACAGCAGCCUGGUGUCUUUGGGGCACUGCAUUAGUAAACCUGAGGUGAUCCUCAAGUUGGAGAAAGGAGCAGAGCCAUGGAUGAUAGAAGAAAACCCAAACCAGAGCCUCCCAGAUGUCCUGAUAGUCAGUGACUUAUUUGAGAGAAGCAAAGAAAGUCAUGGUAGAUACUUAUGGCAAGGUGUGAUCAUCAGUGGCAACCAAUCAUCUGAGGAGAGAGUGGAGUUAGGAAAAUCACUUAAUUUGAGUCCAAAGCAUAUUUUAAAUCUGGUUAUAAAUAAUGGAAACUAUUCAGGAGUGGGGCAUGAGGAGUUUAACAUAUGUCAGAAUGCACUUCUUCCAGAGACUGAUAUCAUGCAUGCUGGAGAUAAACCUGAUGAGCGUAAUAUAUCCAAGAAAUUACAGAGACAUCAUGAGCAUCUUAGUCAACAUCCCAAGAUUCCAACUGGGGAACCUUUUGAAUAUAGUGGAAAAGGAAGAUCCUCCAACACAGUGCCAAUAAUAUUUACAUGUAAGAAGGUUCAUAUGGGUGAGACCACCUGUAAAUAUAGUGAAUAUGGAAAAGCCUGUAAUAAGUCAGCUGUCUUUGCCCAAGAGAUAACUCAGGUAGAGAAAAAAACUUUUCAGUGUGAUGUAUGUGAGAAAAUGUUCUAUAAAAAGGCUAAACUUACUCAACACCAGAUUGAGAAACAUGAUAAAUACAGUGAAUAUCAGACAUCUUUUAUUAAGAAAUCAUACCUUAUCUCAUAUCAGGAAACAUCUACAGGGAAGCAGUUUUAUCCAUGUAAUGAACGGGAGAAAUUUUUGUAUCAAAAGUCAGACUUUACUGUGCAUCACAGAAUUCCCAUAGAGGAAAUGUCCUAUGGAUUUAUUAAGUGUGCCAAAAACUUUCAUGAGAAUUCACUUCUCAGCUGUCAUCAGGCAAUUCACACAAGUGAAAAAUCUUGUGAAUGUAAUGGAUGUAAAAAAUCUUUCUACCAUAAUUCUACCCUUACUAUAUGUCAGAGAAAACAUCAGAGAAUUCACACAGGUGAGAAACUAUAUGAAUGUAAAGAAUGUGGGAAAGCUUUUAACCGAAAGUGUGCCCUCAGCAGGCAUCAGAGAAUUCACACAGGUGAGAAACCAUAUGAAUGUGUAGAAUGUGGAAAAGCUUUUAACCAAAAGUCACACCUCAGCAUUCAUCAGAGAAUUCACACAGGUGAGAAACCAUAUGAAUGUGUAGAAUGUGGAAAAGCUUUUUACCGAAAGUCACACCUCAGCAUGCAUCAGAGAAUUCACACAGGUGAGAAAUCAUAUGAAUGUAAAGAAUGUGGAAAAGCUUUUAACCAAAAGUCAACCCUCAGCAGGCAUCAGAGAAUUCACACAGGUGAGAAACCCUUUGAAUGUAGAGAAUGUGGAAAAGCUUUUAAACAAAAGCCACACCUUAGGAACCAUCAGAGAAACCACACAGGUGAGAAACCAUAUGAAUGUAGAGAAUGUGAAGAAACUUUUAACCAAAAGUCAACUCUCAAUAUGCAUCAGAGAAUUCACACAGGUGACAAAUCAUAUGAAUGUAAAGAAUGUGGAAAAGCUUUUUACCAAAAGUCAACCCUCGGCAGGCAUCAGAGAAUUCACACAGGUGAGAAACUAUAUGAAUGUAAAGAAUGUGGGAAAGCUUUUAACCGAAAGUGUGCCCUCAGCAGGCAUCAGAGAAUUCACACAGGUGAAAAGCCAUAUGAAUGUAAAGAAUGUGGAAAAGCUUUUAACCAAAAGUCAAUCCUCAGCAAGCAUCAGAGAAUUCACACAGGUGAGAAACCAUAUGAAUGUGAAGACUGUGGAGAAGUUUUUAACCAAAAGUCAACCCUCAGCAGGCAUCAGAGAAUUCACACAGGUGAGAAACCAUAUGAAUGUGUAGAAUGUGGAAAAGCUUUUAACCAAAGGUCACACCUCAGCAUUCAUCAGAGAAUUCACACAGGUGAGAAACCAUAUGAAUGUGAAGAAUGUGGAAAAGCCUUUUACCAAAAGUCAACCCUCAGCAGGCAGCAGAGAAUUCACACAGGUGAGAAACUGUAUGAGUGUAAAGAAUGUGGAGUAACUUUUAACCAAAAGUCAACCCUCUAUAUGCAUCAGAGAAUUCACACAGGUGAGAAAUCAUAUGAAUGUAAAGAAUGUGGAAAAGCUUUUUACCAAAAGUCAGCCCUCAGCAGGCAUCAGAGAAUUCACACAGGUGAGAAACCAUUUGAAUGUAAAGAAUGUGAAAAAGCUUUUAACCGAAAGUCACACCUCAGCAGGCAUCAGACAGUUCACAGGAAAAUCUCAGUAAAUGUAAUUCAUAUGGGAAAAGAUUUUGGCCGAAGUCAUACCUCAAGAUAUCAGGGAACUUACUUCAAGAAGACCUAUAAAUAUGAAAUUGUCCUCAGGUAUUGGAGGUUGUCUUGAGGAUACCCUAUUGAUAUAAAAAUUUGCUGAUGCUCUAGUCCCUUCUA